AUGGAACCUCGGAGGAGUACAAGCGGCACACCCCCGAGGACGCUGGAUCCGUCAGCGGUUAACGUUUAUCGGGACGCAUGGCCCUCUGUUAAGGACUUAAUUUGGGGCUUUGUCAAUGAACAUAGACAGGCUGAGAGAAAAUUACGACGCUUUAACCAAAUUCUUCAUGGCUUUAAAAUCAAGCCUGAGGUAUAUGUUCGGAUUUCUGAGCGACUUCUUCAAGCCGCGUUGCGUGUGUUACAGAUAAAUGAUAACAACGAUUAUCGAACUAUCCGCGACCACUACAAUCGCCUUUGGCAAGCCGCACGCUACCCAGAAGAAUUCAGAAUCAAGGACCACGACUUCAGGGAAUUCUGCAAUAUUGUAAGGGUUUUAUUAGAGGAGGAGGAGGAACGUAUUCAAGCGGAGCAAGCGGAGGAAGAAGAAAUCGGGCCCGAAGUGGGUAACUACGCUACCAAUGAGCAAACCACUCCUAAUCGGCAGUAUGGACAGGAGGAUGAAUAUGACACUGAUGAGCUUAAUGACUCCUACGCGCCACACAACCCGGAGGAGCGCCAUGCCGGCCCAGGUCCGGACGAUUACGUUAGUGAUGGCUUCCUAAACCCAGAGGAUGAAGAGGAAGUGGCUGAGGAGGCCAACGUCCAAUCUGAUAACCAGUGGGAGAGGAACUACGUUUCUAUUGAUGAUCUUCGAUCGGAUACGGAAAGGGUUUGGGGUUCUCUGAUGACAGAAGGGGAAAUUCUGGCCUAUCGGAUGCGGGGGUCAAUGGGUUAUUCGGUAAUUGUUGGGUACUCAUGCGAUGAUCAGCAAAUCGCCCGCGUUGAACCUAGGGCAAGACGCCCGCUGGCUGUAAGCCAUAUAACCGGGUUCGGUCUCAUUGCAUGGAAGGUGGAUGGAAGGAAGGCCUAUUAUCCGGAGACCUAUGUUCAAGUCUAUUGGAAAGACCAAGACUGGACAUGGGAGUCUCGUGAUGGCUUGCGUUUUGUCUACGGUGGAGACCCGUACAAGGUUGAUGUCUUAAUUUAUCGUCAGGCAAUUUCACAGGAGGGCAACUACCAAGAAGCCCUAACUGGAUACAGGCCCGAAUACCCAGAUGGUUCUUCAAUGGCGAACAAGCACUGGAGAAACGAGAAUGCACUAGGUGGGGCAUAUUGGUUACACCCUAGGGCCAAAGAGACCAAGCGCGCAGUCAAACUAGAGGAGGAGGAUGCUAUUGAUAUCAAAGUCAAGGACGAAGACGAUUUCCUAGACGAACAACAAUUCGCUGGGGACUUCGAGCACGGGUCUUUGGGAGAUGAGCCUGAGCUUGAUACUAACCAGCUCCGGGCCGAACAGUCGGCGGAGAACGGGCGCCGUAACCCCCGCUCUGGUUGCGUGACCUACCAUAUACGCUUCCAGAGAGACGAAGGAGCGGGGUUACCUAUUCAGCGCAAACACGCGAUGACGCUUCAACCCAAAGACAUCGAUCAGGUACGAGUGCUUUGGCUGGAGGAGAUCGUCGCUUCAAUACACCCCGAACACGAGAAGGGAGCCAUGGCCCGUCCAUUGAGAGCCAACGGUCAAAUGGGAAUCGGGGCCGAGCCACUUUAA